UUCAGCCAUCGGUGAUCGUCACUCGGCCAGCCGUGGACCGUGCCUCCGAGACGAAACCAGCUAAAAUGGACUCGAAAAUUGAACACUUGCAACUCUCAAACGGAGUCCGAAUGCCUAUUCUCGGCAUAGGAACUUCACGCGUUGGUGGUUACAGCGACGAAGCCGUGGUGCAUGCGUUAGGACACUGCCGAGUACGCCACAUCGACACGGCCAGGCGCUACCGAUGCGAGGACCUCGUUGGGGUGUCCCUGAGAAAAAGCGGGGUUGCCAGGGAGGAGGUCUUCAUCACCAGCAAGGUGUGGCCGAGUGAGUAUGGCUACCACGAGACCAGGGCUGCAUUCCAAGAUUCACUCAAACAAGUAGGCGUGGAAUACUUUGAUCUUUACUUGCUUCACUGGCCUCGUUCCCCAGAAGGAACCGACACCAAGCAACUCAUCAGUGAGUCCUGGAGAGCGCUUGAAGAACUUUACUCACGAGGUCUGUGCAAGGCAAUUGGGGUUAGCAACUUCCAAAUAUCCGACCUGAAAAAUUUGGAAGAAACUUGGAGCGUUGUUCCUCAUGUCAAUCAGCUGGAGAUACACAUAUUUUGGUACCCGGAAGAGCUCGUCAAUUACUGCCGAGGUCUUGGGAUGCAAAUUGUGGGUUACAGUCCAUUGGCGAAAGGCGAGGCCCUGGUGCAUCCAAAGGUGGUGGAACUUGCCACAAAAUACAAGAGAUCGAGCAGUCAGAUUGUCAACCGAUGGGUUCUGCAGCAUGGUGUUGCGACCAUACCGAAAUCUACCAAAUGUCAUCGCGUGGAAGACAAUUGCAAGAUUUUUGACUUUGCGCUGGCGGCAGAAGACAUGAGGGCGCUCGAUGCCAUUCACGAGACCGAUUCCCACAGCGUUGAUCGCAUCUCCGGCCCGGCUGCCUUCAAUCGGGAAUGAUGAUCUUGUAGUUGGAAAAAGGAUUUGAAAUUUAAAACAUUGUUGAUACCAAAUUCCGAAAUGAUUGUCCUUUCAAAAAAAUGUCAUUCGCAUCUAAAAGUCAGGAAGACCGGUGGAAGUUUUGAACAGGUUCUCUGCAAGUCGAGUUGAGUUCAUUUUAAAGUAGGAAGGCAUGCAGCAUUUAUAAACUCGAUACAAUAAAUUGGUUGUGUAAACUAUAUGCUUCUUGCAGUUUGAUUCGCUUUUGGGGGGUGCCUCAAACGUGUAAGGGCAGCAUUGAUAUGUACUCAAUUUAAAAAAUGUUUUCGAAAUUUAAAGUGUUUUCCAUUGUGCACCAUACAGCGUAAAAGUGUCCAGUCCAAGAGGCCUGACAUUUAAUUUAACUCGCAAUUAUUAACCAAGUCCAUACACGCACAGUGGGUUUCACGUACGAAGUGACGGGAUGAGUGAUUCCACAGCAGCGUAUGGCAUGUCGAAAAAAAUGAGAUAUGGUUGACUUCAAGACUAAGCACUGUCCAAGUAAAUAGGGUAUCAAGUAACGGCACGUAUGAGGAGGCAGACUGAGGGUAGGGACGGUCCGGAAGAGAGGAUUGAGGAGCGGAGAACAAUGAACACGUAGAGGGGAAAAGUGUGG